AAUGUCUUUUGAUAAAAUUGCGUGGGGGUCAUGUCUACAUUGGUUGUCUCAAGAUGGUUGAUCAAUUUGGUAACAUUGCACUCCAUAAUACGAUUGAACGCAUAUAUGUCAAAGAUAAGUUUUGCGAUAUUCACAGGGGGAUUAUGUUGAUACGAGGGGAUAGCAUCAUCAUUAUUGGUGAAAUGGUUAGAUGCAAUUCAUUAUUUUUCGUUAUCCGUCGUUAUGUUAUUAAUGCUGCCUUUAAAUAUUCCUAG